UUUAUUUUCUAAGCCGUGGAUGGAAUGGAUGGGAUUGGUUGAUAAAAGGAGUGCUUUAAAAUAAUAAGCCAUCCAUCAUGGUCUCUAACAAAUGGAUGGUUCAGAUUGUUAGUUACACUUAUUUAUGUGCAAACAAUCUGAACCGUUAAUUUUAUAAGGUACUGAUUGGAUGCCUGGAUUUGUCUGAUUUUUGGUUGGUAAGCCAUAGCAUGCCUUCCAGAGCUAACCUCAUUCUCUACAGUUGCAUCUUUAACUCUCCUCUUCUUUUCUUCUCUACAUUUGCAUCUUUCACUACUCUCUCCCUCUCUCCCUCUCUUCCAUAUCUUCAGUCCUUCCCAUUUCCUAAUUCUACAACUAUUUGAACUCAAAUUCCUCCCUUCUUCCCAUUUACAUACCAAAGCAACUCUUUCCCUCUCUCUCUACCAUAUCUUCAGAGUCCUUCCCAUUUCCUAUUUCAAAUUCCUCCCUUCUUUCCUUCUCUCUCUCUCUCUCUCUCUCUCUCUCUCUCUCUCUCUCUCUCUCUCUUCCAUAUCUUCAGUCCUUCCCAUUUCCUAAUUCUAUAACUAUUUGAACUCAAAUUCCUCCCUUCUUCCCAUCUACAUACCAAAACAACUCUUUCCCUCUCUCUCUACCAUAUCUUCAGUCCUUCCCAUUUCCUAUUUCAAAUUCCUUCUUUCCUUCUCUACAUUUGCAUCUCUCUCUCUCUCUCUCUCUCUCUCUCUCUCUCUCUCUCUCUCUCUCUCUCUCUCUCUCUCUCUCUCUCUCUCUCUGACCCAUGAAAUUCCUUGCCAUUGCAUAUUUCUAAGCUUUCCAGAGCUCUCCCACACAUCAAAUUCCUCCUUUCUUCUCAUCCAUACAUACCAAAGGGAGAAAGAAAGAAGAAGAAAAUAUGAUUGAUUCCCUCGUUUGUUCCGUGGGCGACAAGUUGAAGACCGUCAUCCAAGAUGAGGUAGAUUUGUUGGUGGGUGUCACCAGUGAGAUCGAAAAGCUUUCCAGAACUUUCACCUUGAUUCAAGCUGUGCUGGAAGAUGCUGAGUCUCGACGUGUGAAGGACAAAGCAGUGACGAUCUGGUUAGAGAAUGUCAAAGAUGUGGCCUACGAUGUGGAUGACAUACUAGAUGAGUCGACGACAGAAGCUCGCAGACGACAAGCUCCUGAUGAAGGUGAUGUGUCCUGUUUCAGCUUCCUCGUUACUUGCUUCCUCUUCCCUGUUACUGGUUUCAAUAAUGUCAAGUUACGCCACGAAAUUGGGAGUAGGAUAAAGGAGGUGAGGGGUAGAUUAGAUGAUGUUGAAAAAGAGAAGAACCUAUUGGGUCUUAGAGUAGAUAGUGGGGAGAGGGAGAGAGUGGAUAGUGAAGUUAGGAGGGGUGAGAUAAGAGAGCGAGAGACAAGCUGCCUACUUGACCAGCCGUUCAUUGUCGGAAGGAAAGAUCUAAAAAAUAGAGUCGUAGACUUGUUGCUAGGGGGGAGUAGUAGAGAGGUGAAUGAGGUGCCCUUCGUCAUUUCUAUCGUUGGAAUGGGGGGCUUGGGCAAGACCACCCUUGCUCAACUCAUUUACAACGAUAAAAUAGUCGAGGGGCAUUUCCACAAGAGAAUGUGGGUGUGUGUUUCAAACGAUUUCGAUGUGAAACGUAUUACGAAAUUAAUCAUAGAAUCUGCAGAUGAGUCUAGUUGUGAGGAUCUAAGCCUGGCACUGUUGCAAAGUCGUCUCAGCCAAAAGUUGCAAGCAAAGCGAUUCUUGCUUGUGCUUGACGACGUUUGGAGCCAUGAUAGCAAGAAGUGGGACAAGCUGAGAGGUCCCUUCCAAGCUGGUGCACCCGGGAGUCGAAUCAUUGUCACCACUCGUUCGGAAGAUGUUGCAUCGAGGAUGGGAAGUACUCACAUGCAGAAACUGGAUGUUUUAUCUGAUGAUGAUUGCUGGUUAGUGUUCAGCCGUAGAGCACUUGAGCAUCGGAGUGCAGAAGAGCGUUCGGAUUUGGAAGAGAUUGGAAGGCAAAUCGUAAACAGGUGUGGAGGGGUGCCUCUCGCAGCAAAGACGAUAGGGAGUGCCAUGUGCUCGAGAAAGACGAGAAGGCAGUGGGAGCUUGUGUUGGAAAGCGAGAUAUGGAACUCAGGUGAUAUCUUGGGAGGUGUUUUACCGGCUUUGUUACUAAGCUACCAUGAUUUACCUGCAGCUCUGAAGCAGUGCUUUGCGUAUUGCUCUAUUUUCCCGAAAGAUUGGGAGAUAGAGAAGGAUACGAUAGUCAAGCUAUGGGUGGCACAAGGUUUCAUCUGCUCCAAGGGAAGUCAAGACAUGGAGGAAACUGGUGGGCUGUAUUUCGAUGAUUUACUAAGACGCUCGUUGCUCCAAGAUGCAGUAGUCGAUGAUGGCAAGAACAUAGUCAGUUGCAAGAUGCAUGAUUUAGUUCAUGAUCUUGCACAAUCUGUUGCAGGAAGUGACUUUUCACUGGUGCAGAUCGGAAAGCCAGCUUCGUUAAACUUCAACAACAUCCGCCAUUCUUUCUUUGCCCGUGAUGAAGUUUAUGAUGAAGCUAAUGAAGAGGCUUACAUUUUGGCCACCUUGUAUAAGGCCCACAAGCUGCGGACGUUGUUCCUUGACUCAAGAAUCUCCAUGGUGCCAAGAAUGUCAUUCCAUUAUUGGAGACGCCUUAGAGCAUUGGACUUGAGUUAUACCAGCAUUAAGAAAUUGUCUCCAACGGUGGGACAUUUGAAACACUUGAGAUUUCUUGAUUUGUCUCGCACAGGCAUAGAAGAGUUGCCAGAGGAGGUGUGUAAUUGCCUAAAUUUACAAACAUUGAGACUCAAUUGGUGUUGGAAGCUAAAAAAACUGCCUGGAGGGAUGAAGAAAAUGAUUAACCUGAGACAUCUAGAAUUUGAAUUAUGCGUCAAUUUGAAGCACUUACCGCAGGGUAUAGGGAGACUAACUAGCCUUCGGACGGUUUCAGAGUUCAUUGUUGGGGGUAGCAACGAAGGAUGUAAAUGUGGAGAACUGAAACACCUCAAUCAUCUUCAAGGAAGUCUUCUGAUUACCGGCUUGGACAAAAACAGGAGCAGGGACGAAGCUAGAGAGGCAGAACUGAAUAAGAAGCAGCACCUUCAUACUCUAUCCUUCAACUACAAGAAAGACUAUGAUGAGCUGUUGGAUGAAGAGGUGAAGAAAAUAGAGGACGUGCUUGAAUUUCUCCAGCCCCACACAAAUUUGAAAGAGUUGGCAAUACAGUAUUACGGAGGUUCUACGCUUCCCAAGUGGAUAGAGGAUCCGGUGUUCUCCCAUCUAGUCAGGAUGACACUCUCGUGUUGUUGGGAGUGUAUACAAUUGCCAGGUUUUGGGAAAUUACCGUCCCUUAAAUACCUUGAAAUUGAGGGCAUGAGAGAGGUGAGAAAGGUGGGUGUUGAGUUUAGUGGGGUUGAUAACAAUGACGGAAGUGGAUGUGUUGUCUCAUUCCCCAAAUUGGAGACCCUCUUCUUCGAACACAUGCGUAAUUGGGAGGAGUGGGAAUUGAGAGGUGGAGUUGGAGAGGUUAUGCCAUCUCUCCUCCAAUUAGAAGUAAAAUGGUGCCCAAAAUUGAAGGAGUUGCCAACCAACCUUCCACCGCUCCUCCAGAAGCUGACUUUACAAAUAAGUAACGAAGGGAUGUUGUCAUCGGGAGGGACCUUACCCCUCCUCCCCAGUCUUAAACAUUUGAUUAUUGCCUGUAGUUAUAAGCUGACAUCGUUCCCUUGUGGUUGGUUGAGACAAUUCAAAGCCCUCAAUACUUUGGAAAUCAAAUUCUGUGGGCAGUUGCAGUCUCUUCCAGAUGAGGAGUUGCAACAGCUCACCAUGCUUCAAGAAUUGAUCAUCCAUGGCUGUCAUCUUUUAAAAGAGCGCUACGGAGAUGGAGGAGAAGAUCGGGACAAGAUUGUUCAAAUCCCCAAUAUAUCAUUUUUGUAGGAAAAG